ACAUCUGUAGCUAGCAGUUUUUAUUGAGCUCUCAAAAUUUUACGUGAAUGUUCAGAAAACCGCAAACAGCUGAUUUGUGAACAGUGGCUGCCUAAUGGCAAGGGGCAAGUUAAAGGUUAUCAACAACAGGUUCUCGCAGUAGCUAGAGACAAGCGCGCCUUGAGGCUUGCUAGUAUUGAUCAAGACGCUGGACGUUACAUUCGAAGAUAUCAACGCGCAGAAGACACAACCACAACAGUAAUAGCAACACAGCAGCAACAGCCACAGAAAUAUGCAGCAUAUAAAGACAGCCGCGCGCUGCCAUCCAUUGGCUAUCAACUGUCCAGUUAUAACAGCAAUCCGUACAUUUAACAGCUAUCGGCUUACGCUCAGACCUGCCAACCUGGGCGCAGCAAAUUUUGCGGCGAAAAACAAAUCGCCGGUGGUAGCCACACCGGCAGCUUCAACGGCGAUCAGAAUCAUUUCAAGUUCGAUUCCGAAAAUGGCAGACCAAAAGAUGUUGCAGUCAACGCUGAAGCAGAGCGAUCCGGAGCUGGCCGAGAUCAUAGUAAAGGAGAAACAGCGUCAGAAGGAGAGCCUCGAGAUGAUUGCCAGCGAAAACUUCACUUCGUUGGCUGUACUGGAGAGCUUGGGCUCCUGCCUGACCAACAAAUAUUCCGAGGGCUAUCCGGGCAAGCGCUAUUAUGGCGGUAAUCAGUUUAUUGAUCAGAUUGAGUGCUUGGCGCAGACACGUGGACUUGAACUUUUCAAUCUCAGCAACACUGAGUGGGGCGUCAAUGUGCAGCCGUAUUCUGGGUCGCCGGCCAACCUGGCUGUCUACACGGGCGUAUUGCGUCCACACGAUCGUAUUAUGGGCCUGGAUCUGCCCGAUGGCGGCCAUUUGACGCACGGCUUCUUCACGCCCAACAAGAAAAUCUCGGCCACAUCCAUCUUCUUUGAGAGCAUGCCGUACAAGGUAAAUCCGGAGACGGGUCUGAUCGACUACGACAAGCUGGCAGAGGCGGCGCGCUCGUUCCGGCCUCAAAUCAUCAUUGCUGGCAUCUCGUGCUAUUCCCGGCUGCUCGAUUACGGACGAUUCCGUAAGAUCUGCGACGAAGUCGGCGCCUAUUUGAUGGCCGAUAUGGCGCACGUGGCUGGCUUGGUUGCCGCCGAGCAGAUACCGUCGCCAUUCGAGUUCGCCGACAUUGUGACCACAACGACGCACAAGACGCUGCGCGGCCCGCGCGCUGGCGUCAUCUUCUUCCGCAAGGGCGUGCGCAGCACCAAGGCCAACGGCGACAAGGUGAUGUACGAUCUGGAAGACCGCAUCAAUCAGUCUGUCUUCCCAGCUCUGCAGGGUGGCCCGCACAACAAUGCCAUUGCUGGCAUUGCCACGGCCUUCAAGCAGGCCAAAUCGCCGGAAUUCAAGGGCUACCAGACGCAGAUCAUCAAGAAUGCCAAGGCACUGUGCAAGGGUCUUAUUGAUCUGGGCUAUAAGGUGGCCACCGGCGGCACCGAUGUUCAUCUCGUGCUGGUCGAUGUGCGCAAAACGGGUAUGACCGGCUACAAGGCCGAGCUGGUGCUCGAGGAGGUGGGCAUUGCGUGUAACAAGAACACGGUGCCUGGCGACAAGUCCGCCAUGAAUCCGUCCGGCAUACGUCUGGGCACUCCAGCUCUGACCACACGCGGACUUCUCGAAAAGGAUAUCGAGCAAGUGGUUGCCUUUAUCGAUGCCGCGCUUAAGAUCGGCUCCGAGGCAGCAAAGGCAGCGCCCAGUCCCAAAAUGGCCGACUUUGCCCAGACAUUGGCCGAGAACGCCGGCAUCAAACAGCAGCUGGAGGAGCUCCACAAAUGCGUCAUCAAAUUUAGCACAACCUUCCCCCUGCCCGGCCAUGAUCUUCUCUAAUUUGCAAGCAAAAGCCAAAUCAAAACCAAUUUCUUUGCAUGCGCGGCAAAAUGUUUCCAAAUCCUAAAUCUUUUAUAUCUUAUCAUGUAUAGACGCAACACUGAUUAAGAUAUUAAAAAUCAAGAAAAUUUU